GCUGCCUGCGAGCCUCCUACUCGCGUUGUCCUUAACGUUCGUAGUUCUUCUGCCCGUUCACACGCCUGUGCCCUAGCGAGUGGCUUUGGCUUGCCUGUUACUGCGUCCGCCUCUUUAAGAGACAAUUCCGUCCCCCUUCCAAAACGAGCUCUAGGGCCAAAACCUGCCUCCAAGCAUCGCUCUCGCCUAGACUUAACGGAAUCUACGAUUAGCUCAGCGGGUGAGCAGCCUGAGGGUGGGUGA